AUGAAAUUCCUCACCGUGUGCUUGACGCUCAUUAGCGUCUCUCCCUGGAUAGUGAACGCACUGCCCAGCCCUGAAGACCUCACAGUCCUUGCCUACAGAGCCUGGGAUCUCCGUUUCCUCAGUGAAGCGCCCCCGGUUUGCAACAGCUCCGUGAACAAUAUCGAAUACUCCAUUCUCCACUAUUCUGGCGCGAAACGACGUGACUGUCUGGUAUUGAAUGUUGCCAAAUUCAACUCGACAAAUGUCAAGAGUAUCUCAUGGAAGAGCCCCUCGGAGGUGAACCGAUAUGAUCUUUGCAUGUUCAGCUCUCCUAACUGCUCCGGGGGGGAGGAUAGUCUGCUGGGGAGCAUUACCAAUGGCUGGGAUGUGUGCUAUCUGUACAAUGGGUUUGAGUCGUGGAGUAUUAUUCCGAACGGGGAUGCUUGUGUUCCAGAUGAGGAAGGCGGGGAGGAAUAG